UGUCUCUGAUUCUCCUACUACUGUAAUUACACGUGAAGUCCAUUGUGGUUUGUGUUUUUGUUUGCUUGUUUGUUUGUUUGUUUGUUUUGAUUUUAUUCUUUUACCUGUUGUAAAAUCUGGCUGGGGAUUGCAUGGCCCCUGUUCACUCAUUAGUUCAUAAGUACAUACAUAAAGGAGAAGAUGCUGUAACUCAUUAAUUCAAACGUACAUACAUAAAGGAGAAGAUGCUGUUAACUCAUUAAUUCAUAUGUAAAUACAUAAAGGAGGAGAUGCUGAUGGAGAGAAAAGACAAAUAAGAGAAAAUGUUGCCAUGCCAUGUCACAUCCCAUAAUAAUGUCGUCACUGGGCAGAGGGACACAAAGGUUUUUAUGAUGUCUAAAGGUUAGUUACACCCUUUCUCCUUCUGAUAGGAGCUAAGUUCCUCCCUGCUUUCAUGUUACGUGCUCUCUUAUUGUCUCAAACCCUUUUGCACUGGAAAGAAUCAUCUGGUAUGGCUAGAUAGGACAAGUUUUUCAGUGCCUUUUCCGAUCCAGGAGAGGACAUUUCUUUGUCGUCUCUGAGAUUGUACAUGCUGUAUCCCAGCGGACUGAACAAACAUGAUGCAGAGGAAGCUGGCGCUGCUGGUUGGCAUCGGUGCCUUAGCCAUCCUUCUGAUGCUGAAGUGGGAGCAUGUGAUAACCCUGAUUAACGGAGAAAAAGCCUCAGUACAGUUUGCACUGCAGCCACGGCAACGGACGCCCACGGACACCAUCACCCCCAUCCCAUUCUCCAGGCACCUCAUGGUAUCUGCCUUUAAGGACCACAGACUGGGCGGGGCCAUCAGGGUGAUCAGCAUCAUCUGCAGGCAGGAGCUGCAGCCGCUCUACUGUGUCCUAUGCGCUAACGCUAAGGCUGAUGCUAACGUUGAUGCUAAGGCUGAUGGGGCUCCGGGUCAGUGCACAUCUUUCCAGGCAAAAGUUCACCAGCACAGCGAUGACUUCGGCUUUCCUUUUGUGACUUCAGACGUGUUGUGCCUGAGUCCAGCGUUGCAGCAAGCCACACGUGUCAGCAUAACAGCUAACCCAUACGCCUUUCACAAUUUGACAUUUUUAUCGAUCCAAAACCAGGAGGUCAAGGAAUCGUUUAAGUACAACUUUACUGUAUGCAUAUCUAACCUUUUUGGGGUGUACAAUAAUGCCCUCCAAUUUGCACAAACCAUGGAGGUGUACAAGCUUAUAGGGGUUCAGAGGGUUGUCAUCUACAACACCAGCUGUGGACCAGACGUUGAGAAAAUUCUCAAGUACUACAGUAAAGAGGGUAUGCUGGAGGUUGUGCCUUGGCCAAUAGACAAGUUCCUUAAGCCAUCUACUGGCUGGAGUUAUGACUUACACCAUGGGGACAUUCAUUAUUAUGGACAGCUGACCACUCUGAAUGAAUGCAUAUACAGAUACAUGUACCAGUCAAAGUACCUUCUGCUGAAUGACAUUGAUGAGAUCAUUAUGCCUUACAAGCAUGCCAACCUGGAGAACUUAAUGGGCAUUUUACAGCAGCAGCGUCCCAACGCAGGGGUCUUCAAGAUCGAGAACCACAUUUUCCCCAAAACGCAGUUCGAUGACAGCGGCCGAUUUCGUCUGGCUCGGUGGAGGAGUGUGCCUGGUGUGAACAUCCUGGAGCAUGUCUACCGAGAGCCGGACAGGAAGCACGUGUUUAACCCCACAAAGGUGCUCAUCAACCCCCGGAGCGUGGAGCAGACUUCAGUACACACCACACUGAAGCAGUUCGGACUCGUCUUUAACGUCCCGUUCGAUGUAUGCCGCAUCAUCCAUGUCAGGGUGCCACUGCAAGGACAACUCUCCAAAGACCAGCUGUUCGUCGACAAGAAACUCUGGGAAUUUGAGAAGCUUUUGAUUCCCAGUAUCGAUCGCGCACUGAAUGAAUCAGGUGUGUUGUGAAAUACUGAUGCUUCCUACGGUGACAAAGCCGUUUGGUAACGCUGUAUAUCUUUUUGUUUUGCCUCACAUGCAGCAAAAAAAAAAGCACAAAAAGAAAAACCUUUGUAACAGUACCGAAGCGUGACUAAUUUAAUGGAGGCCCAACACAUUAUUUUCUUUCUACAGGUACACGACGUUACGCAUUACGGUGCUAAACUUAUGCUACAGUGAUACAAACGGUGUCUCUAAUCACUUCGCACCACAAUAAUUAGGUGUUUAUAAUACUCAGUUUCAUUUUCCAAAUCAAGUCAUCACUUACUAUAAAACAAAGAAAAUGUGGUUCAAAGAUCACACACACACACACACACAC